GGCUUGGGCGCCCCGAGGGCCGACGCUCCUGCCAUUGCUGAGUGGCCCAGGCCCCGGGAGGCCGGCCAGGCCGGUCCUGCGGCUCACCCCGCCUCUCCUGCCCAGGCUGCCCUCUGGAGCCGGCCUCAUGGAGCGGAUCCAGGCCAUCGCCCAGAACGUGUCGGACAUCGCGGUGAAGGUGGACCAGAUCCUGCGCCACAGCCUGCUCCUGCACAGCAAGGUGUCUGAAGGUCGGCGGGACCAGUGCGAGGCGCCCAGUGACCCCAAGUUCCCUGACUGCUCUGGAAAGGUGGAGUGGAUGCGUGCCCGCUGGACCUCUGACCCCUGCUACGCCUUCUUCGGGGUGGACGGCACCGAGUGCUCCUUCCUCAUCUACCUCAGUGAGGUCGAGUGGUUCUGUCCCCCGCUGCCCUGGAGAAACCAGACGUCGGCUCAGACGGCCCCCAAGCCCCUUCCCAGAGUCCAGGCAGUGUUCCGGAGCAACCUGUCGCACCUCCUGGAGCUGAUGGGCAGUGGGAAGGAGUCCCUGAUCUUCAUGAAGAAGAGGACCAAGCGGCUCACGGCCCAGUGGGCGACGGCUGUCCAGCGUCUGGCACAGAAGCUGGGGGACGUCUGGAGGGACCAGAAGCAGAUUCUCGUCCACAUUGGCUUCCUGACCGAGGAGUCCGGGGACGUCUUCAGCCCGCGGGUGCUGAAGGGCGGGCCUCUGGGGGAGAUGGUGCAGUGGGCGGACAUCCUGGCUGCUCUCUACAUCCUGGGCCACAGCCUGCGGGUCACGGUCUCCCUGAAGGAGCUGCAGAGGUGAGUGCUGGGGACAGCCGCUGCCCUGGGCUGGGGCCAGGAAGGGACCCAGGAGGACCAUCCCAGGAGCCACGGCUCCACCGCAGGCCCCACGGCCCCCGGAUCCUGGGUGGUUCCUGCUCGGUCAGGUACUGGCGUCCCCAGUUCCCCACUGGCCCGCUCACCUGCCCCCUGCUUCCCCUCCCUGCUGACGUCCAGCCACGCGUGGGAUGCACCCAGGAAGUGUGUUUGCACAGCACGGUUCUAACGGUGUCCAGUCUCCAUCUCUGACCUGUGGUGGGGGGCAGUGUUUGCAUUCAGGGCCUGACAAUAUCGGCUCUCGGGGCUGAGCCUCGUCAUGCAGAUGGGUCCCUGGUGCCUGCCAUUGGUGGGCCGGGCACACCCUGGGGGCUUUCUCUUCUGGAACCAGAUUCCUUCCUGGGCCUACUGUGGGGGCUGGGCCACCUGGAGGGUGGGUGCUAGGGUGGCUGGGUGGUGCCCACUCUUCUCCGCUGCUGAGUCUCCGGGGUCCCUCUCCUACCAUCUGUCAGAGAUGGAGUUCCUGGUGCUUGGGGAGAGGGUGGAGCUAAAGAUUGUGAGUGUGAGUGUGUGUGUGUGUGUGUGUGCGCGCGUGCAGCAGAGAGGGAAGACGGAGGUUACCUAUGAAAGUACGUGGGAUACGUGAGGACACCAGGGAUAAGCUGACCUCCUUGGUGUCGCUGUCCUCCUCAAGAUGGAGAGGCUCGCGAGGCCCUGGAUCCCACCUCCCAUUCCUCCGCCUCCCCCAGAGGAAACCCAUGGCUUGAAUUUUGUGAUUAUACUUUGCCUUUUUUUUUUCAAAAAGAGUUUUCCCAUAGGUGUGUGUCUAUAAACGACGUGUGGUUCAGGUUUGGUCUGGUUCUGAGCUGUGUGACAGUGGCACCUACUGUCCUGGCCUCCGAGGCCUGUCUUUUCACCCGUGGUUACGUCGGACUUGUCCGUGCUGUUGCACGUGACUGUUUUCCAGUCAUUUCCACUGCUGUGUAAUAUUCCACGGUGUGACUGUGCCAUAAUUAUUCGUCAGUAUUUGCUGUCUGUGAACACUUUUUCUUGCUUUAAAAAUCGGUUUGAGCCAGGUGCUGGGGUGCACACAUGUAAUUCUGGCAACUCUAGAGAUGGAGGCAGGAGGAUUGCAAGUUUGAGGCCAACCUUGGCAACUUAGCAAAGCCCUGUUUCAAAAAUAAAAAAUAAAAAGGGCAGGGAAUGUGACUCGGUGGUUAAGAGCUGUGGGUUCAAUCCCUGGUACCAAAACAACAAAACAAAAAGCCCAAAUUGGCUUGAACGGUGUAUGCUGCGAUGCUCACUCAUGUCCAUGUCACUUGGGGCACCUGUGUAAGGGUCUCUCAGGUCAUUGAAGAGCCCACUCCAGGCUGGGAGCCGCCUGAAAGCCGGUGCUGAACCCACAGUGUGUUCUAGUUCAACCGUCCAAGGACAGAUCUGAGAGACAGACCCUUCUAUUGAGGCAGUUUCUCUGGGGUCUAGACUUAGAUGCACAGUUUCCCCCCUCCAGCGGGGGUUCAGGGUGCAUGAAAAUUCAACUUUAUGAGAAUAUACCAAACUGGUUUCCAUGGUGACUCUGUCACCUGGCAGUCCCACCUGUUGGCCACAGGCCCCGUUCUUCGGGUGAUCAGACUUGCUAGGUGAGGGUAGCAUGCACGCGAUGUCCCGUCCUGGCAUUUCCUGACAGCCACGAGCGUCCCGUCCUGGCUCGGCAAGGUGGAAAGGAUACAAGAGCAAUAUAGAGAAAUCAACCACAGAACAAUUUGAAAAUGAAAUUUAUAUUACCUUCACAUAAAACAAUAAUAAAUGUAAGUACAAUUUCUGUAUGCUGAAAACUUACAUAAAACAUUGGCAACAGAAAUAAGGACGACCUACAUAAGUGGAGGAAAGUUCCAUGUUGAUGGAUUCCAAGACUCAGUAUUGUCAAAAUGGUGAUUUUUGCAGGCAUGGUAGUGACACCUAUAAUCCCAGGAGGCUGAGGCAGGAGGAAACAUGUUGGAGGCCAACCUUUAGCAACACUCUCUCAAAACAAAAAGGGACUGGGGAUGUAGCUUGGUGGAAGAGUGCCUCAGGUUUAAUUCUUAGUACUGAAGAGGGGGUAAAAAUAAAGAAGAUAAUUUUUACCACAUGAAUUCAUAGACUGAAGCAAACUCAAGAUCCCAUAGGAUUUCUUUGGGGGAAAAUUGACAAGUUGACUCCAAGGUUUACAAGAAAAUACAAAUGACUUGGAAUAAGCAAAACAAUUUUGAAAAAGAGCAAGAUUGGUAGAGUAUCAUUUUUAAAUUCUAAAACUUACUGUGAAUAUGCAAUAAUUAAUAUAGGGCAGUAUUGACACAAGGACAGAUCGAUUAAAAAAAAAAGAAUUGAGGAUCCAGAAAUUCUUAUAUUUCUGGCCAAUUGAUUUCUUAUUUAUUUUUUCUGGUACUGAUUGAACUUGGGGGCACUCUACCACUGAGCUACAUUCCCAUAGUUUUUUUUCAUUUUUAAUUUGAGAUAGGAUCUUGCUAAGUUGUUGAUGCUGGCCUCUGAUCUGCAAUCCUUUCUCAGACUUGAUAGUUAAUGGGAUUGCAGGCAUGCACCACUGCACCCAGCUUUUUUUUUUUUAAGGUCUCUAAUUAUUAUUAUUCUUUGUUUUGUUGUUUUAUUUUUUUGCAUUGCCAGGUUUGAUCCCAGGGCCUUGCACAUGCUAGGCAAGCAAACAUCCUCAGCCCCUUGUCAAUUGAUUUCUGACAAACAUAGCAAGAUAAUUCAAUGGGGAAAGGAUAAUCUUUUCAAGAAAUUGAAUAGUCAAUGGAUGGGCGUUGUUUGUGGCGCAUGCCUAUAAUCCCAAUGGCUCUAGAGGCUGAGACAGGAGGAUCUUGAGUUCAAAGCCAAUUUCAGCAAUAGUGAGGCGCUAAGCAACUCAGUGAGACCCUGUCUCUAAAUAAAAUACAAAAUAGGGCUGAGGAUACAGCUCAGUAGUUGAAUGCCUCUGUGUUCAAUCCCUGGUACCCGCUCUGCCACAAAAAAAGAAAUUGAAUAUUUACAUGCAAAAGAAUAAACCUAGACCCUUACCUUACACCGAAGUACAUAAAUACCAAAGCAAAGUAGGUCAUAGUCAUCAUGGUAAAAGCUGAAACCAUAAAGCCACUAUGUGAGAAAAUGGAAGAAAAUCUUUCACCCAGGUUGGGUAGAGUUUUAGGUAUGACACCAAAGGCAUGAUGCUUUAAAAAAAAAAAUGGAUGAAUUGGAUCUCAUCAAAAUUAAAAACUUUUAUUUCAAGAGCCAGAAUUCAGAUAAAUGUAAACACAAGGCACAGAUUAGAUUAGAUUAGAAAAUACUGCAGAUUGUUUGCCUGACGAAAGGCAAAAUUUG